AUGGCAAUAGCUGAAACAAGAUCGUCCUUUUCUUCGCUUUCUUCCAUUACUGCAAAUACUUUGCCAAUUUAUGUAACAAUUGAACCGAAACAAUUGACUUUUCACGAUCAUACUAAAACGAGCAGUGUUUUAUUGCGCAUAAUAAAUGUUAGCCGUUUGCGCAUUGCAUUUCGAAUUCGUACCAAUGCGCCAACACAAUAUAUUGUUAUGCCAGCUACCGGUUUCUUAUCUGCUAAUGGAAGCAUUAAUAUAUUAAUAACAAAUUUAAAUAUGAGAAAAUAUCGUCGACGACAUCGAUUCAUAAUUCAAGCUAUGAAAGCAAAAGAAAAUGACACAGAUCGUAGAAAGAUAUGGAAUGAUGCAAAUAUGGAAAAUUUGGAUUUAGUUCAGUGUAUACGAGUCUUUACAUUGAAAGCAAACAGACAACGGUCGGACAAAUCAAUAAGUAAGGAAGAAUUUGAUGAACUAGCAAUACCAUCUAGUUCUGAAAAGGGUGAAUCUGAAACAACUUCAUUGCAAGUGCAAUUAAUGACUGAUGAAGAAAAGUCAACGAAAAUUAACGAAUUAAAUAAACAAAUUAAUAAUAAAUUAGACGAAAAGAGAAAAGAAUGCGAGAAUUUGCUGGAAGCAGUAAAUGAAGUAAAAAAAUUAGAGACUGAUUUGGAUCGAGCAACAAUCCAGUGUAAUGAUCUUAAUAAGAAGAUUAUUCUCAAUGAAGAUCAGCAAAAAAUUAUUAAAGAAAAACUAGCAAAAAUGGAUGCAAUUUUGGACACAAUGAAAAUAAAAUGA